CUCUCUCUCUCUCUCUCUCUCUCUCUCUCUCUCUCUCUCAGAGUCCUUUCUCACUCAUAAUUAAAUUAAGACUUAAUGUAAAAUCUAUCUAUCUCCUCUUUAAUUUUUCCUCUCUGUGUGUUCUUCUUUCUUGUAUAUAAAGGCCUAAGCUGAAGCGAUCCAACCACCAGUAAUAAGACAGAAGACUCUUCUUUUGUGUGAUUCAAACAAAGCACCCCAAGUCUUUUUUUUUUUUUUGUUUGAGAUCACAGAAACCUUCCUUGUCAAUCCGCAGGUUUCAAGAAGGAUGAGUCGAAGAAGUCCAAAGCUGGAACUGAAGCUGAAUCUUUCGCCGCCUACGUCAAGCCAGAGGAGGAUGGUUCGAUCCCCAAGCCGCUCUGCAACGACUUCACCGACGUCACCGCCAAGCUCUUGCGUCUCGUCGGAGAUGAACCAGGAUGAGCCGUCCGUGAGAUACUCGACAAGUCCGGAGACAACCUCGAUGGUUCUUGUCGGGUGUCCUCGCUGUCUCAUGUACGUCAUGCUCUCGGAAGACGAUCCUAAAUGCCCUAAAUGCAAAAGCACCGUCCUUCUUGAUUUCCUCCAGGAAAACGCCUCAAACGCAAACGCGCCAGCCGCUGCUUCCUCUGGUCGCAAGACUCGGAGGAACUGAAAGACGAGUAAAGUCAAAACCAAUCCUGUCCUCUUUAUGUUAAGUUCUUCUUUUAUUUAUUUUUCCCUCUUUUUUUUCUUUUUCUUUUUCUUUUCUUAUUGCGAAUGUAGCUGUUGUGUUUUAUGAGAGUAGUGCUAAUCACGCUCCACUCUAAAACCCCGAGAAGAGAGAGGUAGGAGAUGAAAUUAGGGUUACCCUAUUCAAAGAAAUUUCAAAAAAAAAAAAAAAAAAAAAGAGUGGAGCGCGAAUAGCACUAACUUUUCUUUUCUUGUUCUCAACAUUUUUCUACCAUUUGAGUUCUCUAAUGGAAGAAGAAUUUUUCUAUAUAUAUAUAUAUGCGUGUGAAAACAUGUGUCAUUAUCUUA